AUGAAGAAGCUCCAGGGAGCUCACCUCCGCAAGCCCAUCACCCCAGACCUGCUGAUGACCCCCAGUGACCAGGGGGAUGUGGACCUGGACAUGGACUUGGCUGCAGACCGGGGAAACUGGACGGGCAAGCUGGACUUCCUGCUCUCCUGCAUUGGCUACUGCGUCGGCCUGGGCAACGUGUGGCGGUUCCCCUACCGAGCCUACACCAACGGAGGAGGUGCCUUCCUCGUGCCCUACUUCCUCAUGCUGGCCAUCUGCGGCAUCCCCCUCUUCUUCCUGGAGCUCGCCCUGGGUCAGUUCUCCAGCCUGGGACCCCUGGCCGUGUGGAAAAUCAGCCCCCUCUUCAAAGGUGCUGGCGCGGCCAUGCUGCUCAUUGUAGGCCUGGUGGCCAUCUACUAUAACAUGAUCAUCGCCUACGUGCUCUUCUACCUCUUCGCCUCCCUCACCAGCAACCUGCCCUGGGAGCACUGUGGCAACUGGUGGAACACAGACCUCUGCCACGAGCACAGGGGGGCCCAGGACCGCAACGGGGCGCUGCCCCUCAACCUCACCAGCACCGUCAGCCCCAGCGAGGAGUACUGGAGCCGCUAUGUCCUCCACAUCCAAGGCAGCCAGGGCAUCGGCAGUCCCGGGCAGAUCCGCUGGAACCUGUGCCUCUGCCUGCUGCUGGCCUGGGUCAUCGUCUUCCUGUGCAUCCUCAAGGGGGUGAAGUCCUCGGGCAAGGUGGUGUAUUUCACAGCCACGUUCCCCUACCUCAUCCUGCUCAUGCUGCUAGUCCGUGGAGUCACCCUCCCUGGGGCCUGGAAGGGCAUCCGGUUCUAUCUCACCCCCCAGUUCCACCACCUGCUGUCUUCCAAGGUGUGGAUCGAAGCUGCCCUGCAGAUCUUCUACUCCCUGGGCGUGGGCUUCGGGGGUCUGCUCACCUUUGCCUCCUACAACACGUUUCACCAGAACAUCUACCGAGACACCUUCAUCGUCACCCUGGGCAACGCUGUCACCAGCAUCCUGGCUGGCUUCGCCAUCUUCUCCGUGCUGGGCUACAUGUCUCAGGAGUUAGGCGUGCCUGUGGACCAAGUAGCCAAAGCAGGCCCCGGCCUGGCCUUUGUCGUCUACCCACAGGCCAUGACCAUGCUGCCUCUGUCGCCUUUCUGGUCUUUCCUCUUCUUCUUCAUGCUGCUGACUCUAGGCCUGGACAGCCAGUUUGCCUUUCUGGAGACGAUCGUGACAGCGGUGACGGAUGAGUUCCCGUACUACCUACGGCCCAAGAAGGCCGUGUUCUCAGGGCUCAUCUGCGUGGCCAUGUACCUGAUGGGGCUGAUCCUCACCACGGACGGGGGCAUGUACUGGCUGGUCCUCCUGGACGACUACAGCGCCAGCUUCGGGCUCAUGGUGGUGGUGAUCACCACGUGCCUUGCCGUCACCAGGGUGUAUGGCAUCCAGAGGUUCUGCCGGGACAUCCACAUGAUGCUGGGCUUCAAGCCGGGCCUCUACUUCAGGGCCUGUUGGCUGCUCCUGUCCCCAGCCACGCUCCUGGCCUUGCUGGUGUACAGCAUUGUCAAGUACCAGCCUUCCGAGUACGGCAGCUACCGCUUCCCCGCCUGGGCCGAGCUCCUGGGCAUCCUGAUGGGCCUGCUGUCCUGCCUCAUGAUCCCAGCCGGCAUGCUGGUGGCCGUGCUGCGAGAGGAGGGCUCGCUCUGGGAGCGGCUCCAGCAGGCCAGCCGGCCGGCCAUGGACUGGGGCCCAUCGCUGGAGGAGAACCGGACAGGCAUGUAUGUGGCCACGCUGGCCGGGAGCCAGUCACCCAAGCCGCUGAUGGUGCACAUGCGCAAGUACGGCGGCGUCACCAGCUUCGAGAACACGGCCAUCGAGGUGGACCGCGAGAUUGCUGAAGAGGAGGAGGAGUCUGUAAUGUGA